UCGAAUGUUCCAUUAAAAUAAACGUUUCUUCCCGCCCAGAUUUCCCCCUGUGGUGCUGCUGGUUUUGACUCUGAGGUAAACCCGAGAGAGAACUAUGAAUGAUAAAGAACCAAGGAGGGCAACAUAACGAAAAAGGAGGCGGUUAGUCUUUGUAGUCGGGAGGAAUGCGGAAAUGUUCCUGCUCUGUGUCAAACUUAUCUGAAGGGGGUCAAGGCACAUUCAGCCAGCGUGGGAAAGCGAAGAAGAGACGGAGCUCACAGGCAAGCGUUGCAUAUCCCGGGAUAAAUGGGGAAAAGAGAGUUAAAAAGGGGAAAAACUGAGAAAAGCGUGGCUUGGAGAAUAUAUCACGCUUUUGUCCUAUGACCCCCCCCCCCCCCCCAAGUUGCACUGUGUUUUUCAGUUAAAAAAAAAUUAUAAUACCCCCCUCCCCCCGUAUUAUAGUUGCUUUGCUUGAGCUGCAGUUGCAGAGGUGGUGAACCUACUGCUGAGGGAUGGGGGUUACAGAAGCUGCUCCAUCCGACUACCUGUGUGGCCCGGCGUGACAGUGAGGGAUCUGUGAUGUGUUCUGUCUUAGUGUGAACACUUAUCCAAAGGGGGUAUGUUUCAUAAAUUCAUGGACACGACCAAUUGCGAAUUUCACUGAUAACAUACAAUAAGGCAUUGCACGCGCCAACAACUAUUUUCUGUGAGGAUGGCUUUGUAAUAACCCUGGUUCGUUACGUUCGUUGGGAUUCCCCGCAAUAUCAACAAGAAAAAGAAAAAAGACGCAAAAAUGGACAAAGAAAGUGUAGCACAACAGUACGAGCCCGUCGCCGAGAUUGGGGAAGGUGCGUAUGGAAAGGUGUACAAGGCACGAGAUUUGAAGAACGAGGGACGCUUUGUAGCCCUAAAACGAGUUCGGGUACAGACGGAGGAGGAAGGGAUGCCCCUCUCAACCAUCCGUGAGGUGGCGGUACUGAGGCAACUGGAGGCAUUCGAACACCCCAACGUGGUCAGACUGUUCGAUGUGUGUACUGUGUCUCGGACCGACCGCGAGACCAAGCUGACCCUGGUCUUUGAGCACGUUGACCAGGACCUGACCACGUACCUGGAGAAAGCACCUGAUCCUGGGGUGCCACCUGAAACUAUCAAAGAUAUGAUGUACCAGCUGCUGCAGGGACUGGACUUCCUGCACUCACACCGUGUGGUUCACCGGGACCUGAAACCCCAGAACAUUUUGGUCACCAGUGGAGGACAGAUCAAACUGGCCGAUUUUGGCCUCGCCAGGAUAUACAGCUUUCAGAUGGCCCUGACCUCUGUGGUGGUGACGUUGUGGUACAGAGCCCCAGAGGUGUUGCUCCAGUCCAGCUAUGCCACCCCAGUUGACCUGUGGAGUGUGGGCUGUAUCUUCGCUGAGAUGUUCAGGAGAAGACCUUUGUUUCAAGGAAACUCAGAUGUUGAUCAGCUGGGCAAGAUUUUAGAUGUGGUCGGGGUUCCCUCGGUGGAGGACUGGCCCCAGGAAGUAGCCCUACCACAGAGUGCCUUCUCCCCACGACCCCCUCAGCCAAUCGGAGAACUUGUCCCUGACAUGGAUGAGCUGGGGAAAUCCCUUUUACUCCAAUUCCUGGCUUUUAAUCCCUCCAGAAGGAUAUCAGCAUUUGCUGCUCUGACCCACCCCUACUUCCAGAGUGUGGAUAGUGACACUAAGAGUGUGUACGCCCAGCCCAUUGGCAGCAACAAGCCCACCCUGGAGGAGAGAGCUGCCUGACAGCCCCCUGGCCCAGGACUGGACUGGCCUGACCGAGAGGGAGAGAAAGAGAGGGAUGGACACAAAGACUAAGAAAGAGAGCAAUAAACAGAGACAUUUGAUUCCAAAAGGCAACCGUGCUGUCUUCCACAAUUUACCAAUUUGAAUGCUGCUUUUUAGGAUACUUUUAUAAAAAAAGUUUAAACAAUGCAAGGACCCCUGAAGCUGAGAUGUACUGCCACCAGGAGAGAACCUCUGGAUGUCCAGGAGCUGCUGCCUCUUGUCUCUCCUUCCUUAGCUUGAGAAGAGGCUCCUCGGUGGGGGAACACCAAGCACCAAGGGUAGGUCGGCAUGGACCUCACCUGGAGCUCACCUUCACAACAACCGAGAGAGAUGACACACGCACACACACAUUUUAAUCCAAUGCAGGAGGACCUCACACACUGCCUAGUGCUACUUCUGGUCCAAACAAACAUGUGUGUUUUGAUAUCACUGCCACCUACAGGUUGUCCUGUGUUACUGCAGGCCAGAGCAGGAUUUCUGAUGGGCUUCAUCUUAUAAGACUUUGACUGGUGCGAACAGGAAAGACUGAAAAUAUGUCACUUUGAGUUCCUCUUAUGGCAUCCGUACUUCAGUGUCAUAAACUGUAAUGAAAUCUGAUUGACUCCAUUCGAGACUCUAUGUAUGACCUGAUGCACAGGGCAUAGUAAAGUGACUGUUGAAUGAGAAUAAGGUCAACGUACGCACUAUUCAGCGCAAUUACAUUUGGCAUAAAAGCAUGAUUCUGUAUUUCCUAACUUAAUUUUAAAGUUAUUGACAGUUGAUGUCUUAUUUUCUAUUUUGUCUUAAUUUUAUUGGACUUUAACAACAUGUGGGGAUUUAAAUGUAAAUCUCUGGUAAGAUCUAGAAAGAAUACAAGGUAAUAUCCAAGGGAGGAAAGGUUUGACAAUGUGAGGCAUGUAGGAUGGUAUAGAGCUAGAUACUGCACUAAUACUGUCAGUAGUCGUGAAUGCUGGUUUUACUUGCAUAUCCAGCACACUGACAUGUGUAGCAGGAUAUAUAGUAAGGUCAGUGCAGGUGUGGGUCAGUGAAAUGUUCUUCGUUGGGAGAUUUUUUUAGAGAGAAAAGGCAGGCUGAUACGUCGGAUUCAAAGGAGGUUCAACAUUGUACCUGCUUCAUUUAGACUGAGUCUGGAAGGAUUACAUAGAAACAUAUAGGGGUUCAUGUUGAAACACAGCUGUUCUGUGUUAACAAUGGUUGUUUUAAUACCCUAUGUAUUAUGCUCACUCUGAUUCAAUAUGACUAGCUAGAGUGCUUUCAGAGUUGCUCCCUCUGUGGGAUUGGAACUAGUCAAGGAAAAUAGUUUGUUUGUAAAACUUCUUACUGCACAGCAAUACAUCUAGACCAUAACUUUCCCUCUGGUAUAUCUAGUGCUGCUAGCACACAAAUACACUCAGGAUCUUAUUAGAAAUCAAAUCAGAAAUCAUUCUGACACACUUUGCACGUUCAUGAUUAGACUGCAUCAACUGUUUCAUUGGAUGAUGUUAAUUGAUCAACUGUUUCAUUGGAUGAUGUUAAUGGGUCAACUGUUUCAUUGGAUGAUGUUAAUGGCUCAACUGUUUCAUUGGAUGAUGUUGAUUGAUCAACUGUUUCAUUGGAUGAUGUUAAUUGAUCAACUGUCUCAUUGGAUGAUGUUAAUUGAUCAACUGUCUCAUUGGAUGAUGUUAAUGCUACAACAUGAUUGUGCUUCUAUAAUCAUAUUACAUAAUUCCUGACUGUGUGAAUCCAACUACACGUUUGCUAUGAUACAGUAUGUUUGACAUCUUACUUGUUUUUCAGUGUCGGGGCGCAUAUGGUUUAAUCUAAUACAUGAUCAAAAUAAAAAAACACAUGAAAGAAUUUUGGACUGAGCUCCCCUCUCCAUGUAGAUGUAGAGUUGUUUUGCCCUCAUCUCUGUCCUGUCAGAUGAUUCAUGCCAUUGGUGGAUACAUUGCAGACUUCAUAUUACAACUCUCUAGAAAUAGGGAUUGUCAAGCUUUCUUGGUAUCGGUCAGUUCAACGUCAACAUGGGACAGGAAUACUUUUGUCUAUGUAAUAUAAAAUAAUAAAAGUAUACUUUUUUAAUACUGA